UCGUGCGGAGGGAUACCAGCGAUUGGAAGCGAAUAAGCCCGGGAAGUAGAGCGCGCAAGUACGCACGCCGCGACGUGCGCAGCGGAGGUAGAGAGAGAGAGAGAGAGGGAGGAGAGAGAGAGAGAGAGAGAGAGAGAGAGAGAGAGAGAGAGAGAGAGAGAGAGAGUGAGAGUGGAUGUGAAUGGGCUCGUCUCCCAGCAGCAGCACUGCGCCCUCGGUGCCUCAUCGAUAUCGAUCUGUCGGCUUAUCGAUAACUCCUCGGCUCCUCACAUCGGUCGGCCGGUAGCUAGCUGGAGGCUAACGGCGGCUAGCGGCAUGGGGCGCGCUUGAGGCGACUCAUCGGCGGCACCGAACAAGGAAGCUGACGGACGGACGACGAGCUAACGUGGCUAGCUGCUGGCUGCACGCUAAUCUUGUUUCUAAUGUGUGAGCCGGGAGCAUGCGAGCCGAUAGCAGCCAGAGCUGACUCGUUGGGGGAUGUCGGGCAGUAAGGCGCUGGGCGGGGGGGCGAGGCGCAGAAGGACGCGUUGCCGCCGCUGCCAGGCGUGCACCCGCAGCGAGUGCGGCGAGUGUCACUUCUGCAAGGACAUGAAGAAGUUCGGAGGACCGGGACGCAUGAAGCAGUCCUGCCUGCUCCGGCAGUGCACGGCGCCCGUGCUGCCGCACACGGCGGUGUGCCUGGCGUGCGGCGAGGCGGGGAAGGAGGACACGGUGGAAGGGGAGGAGGACAAGUUCAGCCUGAGCCUGAUGGAAUGCACUAUCUGCAACGAAAUCAUACACCCCCGCUGCCUCAAGAUGGGCAAAGCGGAGGGCAUCAUCAACGACGAGAUCCCCAACUGCUGGGAAUGUCCCAAGUGCCACAAGGAGGGAAAAACCAGCAAGGAGCAGGCAGACAUCUUGGCCAAGCGCCGUCUGGACAAUGGCGAGCUGGGCCGCUGGAAGCUGACUGACGAGCCGCCGCCCAAGAGGGAAGCGCCUCGGCCGGACGGCGGCCACAAGCGGAGGAAGGAGACGCCCUCGGACGGCAGCGGGCCCAAGAAGAAGAUGAAGGGUGCGCACGAGAAACGGCUCAAAAAGAAGCCCAAACAGGAAGGGGCAGAGUCUAACGGUCCCGCCUCCUCAGCAGAAGGGCCGCCUCAGGGCUCCGCCUCGUCGUCCUCCUCGUCGACGGUGGGCGACGCCGGCGGGGCGUCCGGCGCCGACCAGCGCUCGCACCACCGGGAAAAACUGGAACGCUUCAAGAGGAUGUGUCUGCUGGAGCGCCGGCCCGACUCGUCGUCCUCGUCCUCUUCCAGCUCCGAGUCCAACUCGGAGUCCGACUCGGACGACUCCCUGCGCGGGGGUGGGGCCUCCUCGCCCUCCUCGCCUGCGCCCCCGCCGCCUCCCGUCGCCCACGGCAACAGCAGCGCGGAACGCCCGGAUAGGAGCCGCAGCGAGCGAGAGCGCGAGCGGGACCGGCGCCUGGCGGAGUUGGGCUUCAGCGCCAGCGACGAAUCGGAGGGCGAGGACGAGGAGCGAGAGGAGGAACGGGCGGGAGACAAGGCCCGGCGGCGAGGAGGCUCAGACGGAACCUUGGCGCCGCGCGGGAGGAAAGCCGCCACGACGGACGAGGACGACCCGCCCCCCUCAGACAAAGCUGGGAAAAACUCGUCCUCCCUGCCGCCGCCCUCGCCGCUCUCCUCCAAUCAGAUGGCUCCGUCCUCGCAGCGCAGCAACGGGCAGGAGGCGCACAAUGGACGCACGCGUGGCGAGAAGGAGAACGCCAGCAGCCCGCUGACCAAUCACAGACACGGCGGGGCGGGAGCGGGCGGCACCAAAGGCGGCAAGAGUCGGCAGAGAAACUGCUCGGCGUCCGUCCCCGCCUCCGACAGGGGGCGAGGGGGCGGCGGCCUGCUCGUAUCAGCCACGGCGGCGGCGCCCUGCUCGGGGGCGGCGGGGGGGCGUUCGCACGUGAUGAAGCGCAGCCCCCCCGCCGUGCCGUCGCCGCCCCGUCCCGUCCAAAUGGAGCGCCACCUGGUGAGGCCGCCGCCCGCCUGCCCCGAGCCCAGCUGCCUGCCCCUGGACUCUGGCUGUGCCCACGUGAUGACGCGCGACGUGUGGCUGCGCGUCUUCACCUUCCUCAGCCAGCGCGAGCUGUGCCUGUGCAUGCGCGUGUGUCGCACCUGGACCCGCUGGUGUUGCGACAAUCGUCUGUGGAGUCAGAUCGACCUGAGCCGACAACGCUCCAUCACGCCGCCCAUGCUCAGCGGGAUCAUCCGCAGGCAGCCCGUCUCGCUCGACCUGGGACACACCAACAUCUCCAAGAAGCAGCUGACCUGGCUCAUCAGCCGCCUGCCAGGCAUGGCGGAGCUGACAGUCGCGGGCGUUGCGUGGCCCGCGGUGUCGGCAUUGUGCCAGGGCGUGCGUUCGUGUUUGCGCGUUUUGGACUUGAGCGGCGUCGACGACCUGAAAGACGCGCACCUGAGGGAGCUCCUGGCUCCCCCCGCCGACAAUAGGACAGCUCGCGCCGGUGCCACGGAGCCGCGAGCCGGCCGCUUCCACAACGUGACGGAGCUGCGGCUGUCCGGGCUGGACCUGACCGACGCGGCGUCCCGUCUCCUGGUGCGCUUCGUGCCGCGCCUCGCCAAGCUGGACCUCAGCCACUGCGCCAAUGUGUCGGACCACAGCGUCGCCACGCUGGCCGCGCCUGCCUCGCCGCUCAGACACACCCUAACGCACCUCAACCUGGCAGGUUGCACGAAGGUGACGGAGCAGAGCGUCCCGUUGUUGCGCCGCUGUCCGUCCCUGCAGACGGUGGACCUUCGGUCGUGCUCGCUCCUUCCCAGCGAAGCGGGACAACUCCUCUGCUUCCCUGCCCAGCCGUCCUCGUCGUCUUCCUCGUCGGCUUCCUCUGCCACCGCCACGCUAGCUGCUUCCACUUCCUGUCCGCCUGAGGACGGGACGCUGCUAAAGAACAGCUAAAUGCUAAUGCUAAGUGCCCCGCGACAUCAUGGGGCAUCUGAGGACACUACAGGUGAGGGGGAAGAAAAUAAGAAGAGUGUUGGCGACAUACCUCUGAGCAUGUACAUAUUUGUUCUCUGUACAAAUGUAUGUGUGUAUAUAUCUGUACUUGGGUGUAAAUGAGCAUGCACACCCCAAGAGACCCCCACAUUCAACACCUCCACCCAACCCUAAUUCCCACCCCGCCCCCAAUUCACCUGCCGGUCAGCUGCACAACUGCAGGAAGUCUUCCGUCUUCAUCCACAACAGCGACAUGUCAACACGGCCUUGUGCUAACCUAAGCCAUACCGCUACUGAUGCUAAGUUAUACUCCUACCGAUGCGAAGCUAGGCUCACUGAUGUCAAGACAUUGAGUGAUUCUGAAUGCAGCAACUGCGUUCGGAAUCAUUCAGCCUUUCCUGGCUGGCUCGCCACUCUGGCUGGUAUGGGAAAAAAUCUAAUCAAAUCACUGUUUCAAAAUCUCGAUAGAGUGAUUCGGAAGUCAGAAAUGUUAAAUGAUUACGAACACAGUUGCUGUGUUCGCAAUCAUUCAUUCCCUACUAAUCACUGCAAAGGGAUUGCUAGUGGACUUUUUCGGAACUAUCUCCGUCCACAAGUUGAAGUGGCCAAUCCAACCAGACUCGGCAUUUUGACAGACUGUUAUUUUUGGUGAAAUCUUGUCACGUUGCUAAUUUAAGGAAAUGUCCGCCAUUGAAGACAACGAUGUCGUGUGUGACGCUUCACGUUGGGCAUAGCUAGCUUAGCACAAAGAUUGGCUGUGUUGGCUUUUACGCGUUUACAACAGUAAUUGACGACGAGUAAAACAAAGCAUUUUAGUGGCAAAUGUGAGCGGGAGAGGAAGCUUCCUGUUUCCUGCUAAGCUAGGCUAAUUAGCUGCUGUUCUCCCUGAUGUAUGUGUCCGUCGCUCUUAAGCGGUUGACGGUCUUUCUCGGGAGCGUCAUCUAGGUUUCAGCGACUCGCCAUUCCACGCUAAUGUCAUCUUGUAUUCUGUCCACUUCACUCGCAGCGAGCUAACAUUGUUAACUGCAGAUGAGCCGGUUUCUUGCCGCGCUACCUGUGGAUUAACAAAAGUCAAUCUGAGCUGCUUUGCUAGCUAGUUAGCAUGUCAGCACACCAGGGUCCUUUAGCUAACGUUUGACUUUCCACUCUACAGGUCAAAAGUGGGAAGAAUCAAUGGACAGCAAAGAACAAAAGCUUCCCAAAAGUUGAAAUAAGCUUCAUUUUUUAUUGUUUACUCAAGGGACAAAACUGUGAAAAAGUGUGGCCGUUGAGCAGCAGCCUUUCAAAAACGCUCCUUAUUUACGCCACUAGCAGCGCUGGCAGGAUUCGAUUCCUGUUAACUGUGUUGUGCCAUCAAUUUUGCUGAUCAACUCGUAUACGACACAUAUAGCACACCAGAAAAAAAAGUUCAGUGUCACGUUUUAACACGAUAAAUUUCACCAGGUUUUAAUGUGAUAAGUUAUCACAUUAAAACCUGGUAAGUUUGACUUUGGCAUUCGGCUAAACAAAAUGAAGCAUUUCUUGCCAGUUCAGGUCACUGGUGGAGCCCUUUGAAGGUAUAUGUGUCUUCUUUUUAAGUCAUCAAUGUUUUUAAAUACUUGGUCUUAUUAUUAUUAUCAUCCGGGAGGGGCUCAAAGUAGAGCCGCUGCUCCUCCGCAUUGAGAGGAGCCAGAUGAGGUGACCUGAACCAGAAGAAAUUGCUUCGUUUUGUUUUGCCAAAUGCACGUUAAAACGUGAAGCUUAUCACGUUACGAGGUGAACAUGUUCAAACAUAAACUAUCACGUAAUAUCAUAUUGAACUUAUCAUUUUGUAAUGAGACAUUUAUUUUGUUAAAACAUGUAAUUCAUCACGGUAUAAUGUGAUACUGAACAUUUUUUUUCUUGGGUGGCAGCAAUACACUUCUGUAAACUCAUGCAUUCAUAGUGUGUUUUUUAUUUUAUUUUUUAUUUUUUUGUUCAGCUUUUCCCAUCUUGUGCAGGUCAGCCUCUGAGCUGCCCGGCAACAAGUGUGGAGAUGAAAUCUGAUUGGACGAUAUUAAAGCGCUUAUCGAAUUA